AAAUGUCCCUGAGAGGCUACUGACCUCAGAGCUUGCAGAAACCUGCUUCACCAGAGCUGGGAUGGCCAGUCAUGAAGCAGAAGUUCAGAGUUUGAAGCUAGAUAAUGAUUCAUUUAUAGAAGGAAUAAGUGACCAGGUACUGGUGGCAGUUGUGCUCAGUUUCACUUUCAUUGCUGCUCUGGUAUAUACCCUUUUAAGAAAUGAGCAUCAGAACAUACACCCAGAAAAUCAAGAGCUAGUGCGAGCUCUUCGUCAACAGCUUCAGACAGAGCAGGAUGCAUCUGCUGGUGAUAGGCAUCGUUUCUAUACUGAUAUGUCCUGUCCGGUCUGUUUGCAACAGGCUACAUUUCCUAUUGAAACAAACUGUGGACAUCUCUUCUGUGGUUCCUGCAUUAUUGCCUACUGGAGGUAUGGCUCAUGGCUUGGUGCCAUCCGUUGUCCAAUCUGCAGGCAAACGGUAACAUUGUUUUUACCACUAUUUAGUGAAGAUCAGCAGGAUGCGACCCAGGUGCUUCAAGAUAUUAAUGAUUACAACCGGAGAUUCUCAGGACAGCCCAGAUCUAUUAUGGAAAGAAUUAUGGAUCUACCCACUUUAUUGCGGCAUGCUUUCCGGGAGAUGUUUUCUGUUGGGGGCCUCUUCUGGAUGUUUCGUAUCAGGAUAUUCCUCUGCUUGCUUGGAGCCUUGCUCUAUCUGGCUUCACCUCUGGAUUUUCUUCCUGAAGCCCUUUUUGGAAUUCUGGGUUUUUUGGAUGAUUUCUUUGUAAUUUUUCUUCUGCUAAUAUACAUCUCUAUUAUGUACCGAGAAGUGGUAACACAGAGGCUGAAUAGAUGAAAUGAAUGAAACUGACCCAGAUGCAGAGGCAGUUGUGGAAGGUUAUAAAAAUACAACCAUGACCUAAGUAUGAUGUGACAGGGUGCCUGCCUACAGUUUCAGUAUUUACAAUUCCAUAGCUUCUAGUUGAUCAUCUUAUGCAAAUAUGAAGGGUUAAUAUGUGGUGAUGCUUAACUGGAAUCCUCAGUUUGUGUAUUACAUACGCUUUAGUAAUGAUGAAGUCAGUUUUGUAACGUAAUAAACUACCUUCAUCUGCUUAUAACUGAUAAGCAAUUGUAUGUAAUCGAAGAAGAAAACGCCACCUCUGGUGUGUGGUUUGUGGAAAAAAAGUUCUAGUAAAGGGCUUUUGGCAGAAAGUCAGUCUGCGUAAUCUGGACCUGUUUAAAGAAAUUUGGGAGCUCUUCACUGUGCAGUUAUAAAAUCACAUAAUAUCUCACUGUGGUGGGCU